AUGCCACAGCAGGGUGGCGCGAAAAACGGUGAUCAGCAGAGAGGGAGACGAAGCGUUGCGGGAGGAGCGGGGAAGCUGCAGCAGGGGGGUGGUGCCGGUAACACCACAAAGACGAGGACCGUGGCCGACCUGAGGGCCGCGCGAGAGUCCCGCGCGAACGAGGCCUUGAAGAUGAAGGACGAGCAACUGCGUAUUCUGCAGGACCAGAACAACCAGCUACUGAGAAACCUAGACCGGGUCGAAGAGGAAGCGACCCGCAUUCAGCAGGAACGACUCACAGCGGAGGAGGAAAACCGUACCCUGAGAGAAACAGUUUUCGAGUCUCAGGGGAGAGCGAGGGCGGCCGAGGCGGCGUUGAAGAGAGUUCAAGCGGAGGCCGCGGAUCGCGACAAGCAGCUGAGGAUCAUGACGGAUCAGAACGCGGAGCUGUUGCGGCUCCUGGAGCAAGAGGAGGCGCAGACUGCGAGAUUGAGCGCGGCGAACGAGGCGACGGUGAAAGAGUUAGAGGCCUUGCGCUCCAAGUACGGCAGCCUCCUCACUACUGCCAAAAGUCACGAAGAGAUGGCGGGCAGGGCCGCCAGGGAGGGACAACUCCGUGCAGAAGAGGUGCGACUUCUGCGAGCGGAAUCGGAGCAGGUGAAACACCAGAACUCCGAGCUCAAGAUGAAGACCCAGGUUGAGCUGGAGUCUCUGCAAGAGCAGCUUCGUGUACGAAAGGAGAAGCAGUAUCAGCUUCUGGAGAAGCUGCAGGGGCAAGAGGAGGCCAAGCGACAGGCAGAAGAUCAGGUAUCCAGCAUGGAAGACAAGCUGCGAGCGCUGCACGCCAGAUCGCUCGAGCUCGAGACCCAGCUCCAGGUGGAGGCGAGGGGCAGACGCUCGGCGGAGGAGGCGAACCGCGAGCUGGUAACCGGUGCGGAGAACACGAGGCAGAGCCUAAGAGAGCUCCAGGGCAAGGUUCAAAGGAGCGAGGCGGAACGUAUGAGGAUGGAGAUGGAGUCUCGGGACAGCGGGGAGCAGCUGAGAGAGAUGGCCGAGAAGGUUUUCCAGUUGCUGGAAAGGCUUAAGCUUGCCGAACUGGCCAAGAACAAGGCGAUGGAGGCGCUUCGACACAAGGACCAGGAACUGGUCGCGAUGAAGCAGAAAAAUUCCCGCUUGAUCAAGGAGAGCACCAAGGAGGGGAAAUCCCGUGUAAAGGCGGAGCUGGACUUGCGCGUGAGCCAGGACCAAGUCUCCGCCCUCAAGAAGCACAACGCGCAGCUUGCCUGCCGGUGCCGAGAGGAGGCCAAGGCUAAGCUCAAGGAGCACGACGAACGCGUCGAGACCCAGGACAAGGUGCGCACUUUGGGAGGGCGACUGUCCUUCCUGCUGAACAAGAUGCAAUCGGACGAGGAGUCCCGAGUCAUCCUCAAAGAAGAGUCUAAGAAGACCGAAGCGCAGGUGAAAUCGUUGAUGGUUCGCACGGAAGAACUGCAGCGAAAGCUGGAAGAGGCCGGCGAGAGCAACCGUAUCAUCACCCAGGCGGUCAGGCUCAAGCAGGACGAGCUGGAUCAGCUCUCUGUCAUCAACAGCGCCAUCAACAGACAGCUCAAGGCCAAAGACCCCGCUUUGGGGAACUUCGAGGACCGUCCGGAAGUUGACGGUGAGACGGGGACUGACGGGGAGGACGGUGGCGGCGGUGGCGGUGGCGGAGACGCAAGAGACAUCGCUGCCGUUCGAGCAAGUGCAGGGCGGGGGGUGUUCUACGUGGAGUCGAAACCAGCACAGGGGCUACUCCUGGUGAAGGCGAAGCGUGCGGCUGAUCGUGAUUGGCUGAGCGGCAGAGAGGUCAACGCCUUCCUCAAGCGUGCGCAAAAGACGCCUAGGUUCAAAGAGCUGGCCGUCGAAAGGAUCUGUCAGGUGUACGCCCUCCUGCUAGUGGAGGAGGAAGAUAGGAAGGCUAAGGAGUCCGAGCUGGGCGGAAGAGCCGAGCAGUUGGAGCUCAUGUGCCGGAAGAAUGCCUACCUGCAGGACAAGGUGGCGGUGGAGGAGGAAGCGAAGCGGCGGACGCUGCUGAGAUAUAUUCACGCGGUCAAGGCGGCCGCGUCCCUCGGCCUAGACGAUGAAUCCCACAAGAACAUGACGGCCGCCGUGGGACGGCCGGGGAGGGGAAUCAUCCAGUUGCCCGAAAGCGGUGUGACAGAUGAGGAAGUCCAUGCCAUUGCCGCCUUGCUGAGAGGAAAUUCGACUAUCGCCGAGCUGAACUUGAGGGGCAACGAGAUUACGGACGAGGGCGCUUCCGCUCUGGGAGCAGUGCUGGCGGGAAGGAUGGGACUGCGGUCGGUGGACCUUCGAAGCAACAGAGUAUCCAAACAGGGCAUCCGGACUAUAGCGGAGGCCCUAGAGCGCAGCGAGCGGGUGCGGCACGUCUACGUCCAUGCGGGGGGCAAGGUGGAAGCAUUAGGGACAGGCGUUUGGGCCGCACCUCGCGGGGGAACAAACACGGCAGGGGCAGCGGCGGAUCAAUCCUCUCCACACCACAGCCCCGCCUCGCCGUCUGCGACGAGCCCUGACGCAAGAGGAGGCACCGUUCCCUUAGUAACCGUUGAAACCGUUUGCGUCGUCGAUCUCCGAGAGAACAAACCUCCUUCAGGGGGUGGGAUAGGCGCUGCGGCCCUCACGGUGGCUAUGGAAGACCCCGCCGCCCCUUUACCCCCUGCAGCGACUUCCGGAGCCGGAGGGGGUGGGGGUAGCGGGGCACCGGUGUUUGCUACGUCCGUUCUGCCUGGCGAACUCAGCGCCAGCGUGAUUAGUAGCGCAGGCGGUGGCGGCGGGAGGGCGGGGGGAUUGGGGGGGGGUCGUAAUAAGAGUGACAGGGCGGUAGAGAAGAUGAAACGAGAGGCUGCCGCGCGAAGGAAGGCGGAGAAACGAGCAAGGGAUAGAGAGGAGCGUAGAAAUAAGCAGAUGGAGCUUGGUUGGGCUGGUCGUAGCGGGGGCUUCGACGCUCGUCCGACAAGCAAGGGUUCCGUCCAUAGCAGUAACGGCCGUGGUGGCGGCCUUCCACGAGUCAGCGGAGCAGCGUGGUGGACGCUUUCCGGCCAACAGGACCGACCAAUCAUGAUAUUCGUUUCAGAAAACUACAUUGCAUCACCGUAG